CUCGGCCGGCAGCGGCCACUGGCACAAUUUAAUUCCGAUCAAAGAGUGAAGCCAUCGGAGGGAUUUACUUUAUUCCACCUUUCAUUUCAGCCGUCCUUUAUUUUAUUCAACUCAAACAAUGGCAGACACAGAGACAAAAGUUGAGUGCAGCUCGGACAGUGCCAAGGGCCUAAAAGAGAAGAAGACUGUGGAGGAGGCAGAAAAUGGCAAAGAUGCUGCCACCAACGGAAAGAACGAGGAGAAUGGGCCCGAGCUAGAUGAGGAUGAGGUGGAUGAAGAGGAAGAGGAGGAAGAGGAGGAGGAUGGCGAAGGUGAAGAUGAAGAGGAUGAGGAUGAGGAUGAUGAGGACGAAGUCGUAAGCGGCCAGAAGCGGGCCGGCGGCAGCGACCACGAGGAAGAUGAUGAGGAGGAGGAGCUCCAGACAAAGAAGCAGAAAACUGACGACAAUUGAUGCGUUUCCCCUCCGCGCCAUCCUGCUGAACCACUUCCUGAUUCUUCACCUCUGACCUUUUUCUGUCAAAGGUGGAGGGGCUGGAGGACUGAUUUAAGAAAAGAAAAAUAAUAAUAAUAAAAAUCCAGCAUGGUCAUUAGCAAGUAGAGUUCAACAUUCAUGUCCGCACACUCUCCCCUUGACUGCGACAAAUUUUCUAGAGGAAUCCGCCACAGUGACGCAGAAUCCGACUCAACAACAAAACACCACAAAUGGAGAAUUUGUUUGUAUUUUUAUUUACAUUUUAUAUUUUUGUACAUAUUGUUGGGGGGGGGGGGUCAGUUUCUCUCGUCAGAUCAAAUCGGUGCUUCUCUAAGAAAGAUUUUACUUGGUUGACCAUGUUAUGAUAUCAACAGAUGAUUGAGGAAAAAAAAAAAUUUUUAAAAUUCUUAAGCCGUUGAACUCAGAGCAUUCCAGUAAAUUUAAUGUAUGUACUUUAGCUGUACCAUAACUAGUUUGUUUGUAUGGGAGGGUUAAGGCCAAAGAAAAGAGCCUCUUUUCUUUUCUUUCCUUUAUUUUGUUUUUUGUCAGCGACUUUUUGUUUUACGACGGCCUGUUUUGAUGUAUGUGCGGAGUUUGUUGUUUGACAAUAAACCGGACUUUAUUUUGUGAGUUGUA